AUAAACCCUAAAUCGUUCUAUAAAAGCUUCUAAGACCCCCAAGCUCACCACGCCUCCAUUUUGAUAAAACCCUAAACCCUAACUCCCCCACUUAGCAGAGAUGAGACCUCCAGCAGGAAGAGGCCGUGGAGGUGGCGGUUUCGGAGGUGGCGGUUUCAGAGGCAGAGGCGAUGGAGGAAGGGGCAGAGGCAGAGGAGGGUUUGGUGGAAGAGGUGGCAGUGACAUGAACAGCCGGGGUGGUGGUCGUGGCGACCGUGGUGGUCGUGGUGGUCGUGGCGGCGGGAGAGGCCGUGGUGGACGCGGAGGUGGCGGAAUGAAAGGUGGAAGCAGGGUUGUAGUUGAGCCCCAUAGGCAUGAGGGGGUGUUCAUUGCUAAGGGCAAAGAAGAUGCACUUGUUACUAAGAAUAUGGUCCCCGGAGAAGCCGUCUACAAUGAGAAAAGAAUCUCUGUUCAGAAUGAAGAUGGAAGCAAAAUUGAAUACAGGGUUUGGAACCCCUUCCGUUCAAAGUUGGCUGCUGCCAUUCUUGGUGGUGUUGAUGAGAUCUGGAUUAAACCUGGUGCUCGAGUUCUCUACCUUGGUGCUGCCUCAGGGACCACUGUUUCCCAUGUCUCGGAUGUUGUUGGCCCUACUGGAGUGGUUUAUGCAGUGGAAUUUUCUCACAGAAGUGGUAGGGACUUGGUUAACAUGGCAAAGAAGCGGACAAAUGUUAUUCCCAUCAUUGAAGAUGCUAGACAUCCAGCAAAGUACAGAAUGCUGGUUGGCAUGGUUGAUGUGAUAUUUUCCGAUGUUGCACAGCCUGAUCAGGCCAGGAUUUUGGCACUAAAUGCAUCGUACUUCCUGAAAGCUGGAGGUCAUUUUGUUAUAUCAAUCAAGGCAAACUGUAUAGAUUCGACAGUCCCAGCAGAAGCAGUAUUUGCCCAGGAAGUGAAGAAGCUGCAAGCGGAUAUGUUCAAGCCUUCUGAGCAGGUCACCCUUGAACCCUUUGAGCGAGACCAUGCUUGUGUGGUUGGUGGGUACAGAAUGCCAAAGAAACAAAAGCCCACAGCUUAGAAAAUGUGGGGAAAUCAACCCAUUGCUGAGGAAAAAUUGAUGUUGGAGGGAGGGUUACCUUUUUCCAUUUGAUUAGGUAGUGAGACUGUGCUAUUUGCUUUGUCAAACUUAAUUUUAUUUUAGCUGAGUUUUGGACCUUCAUGGAACAAUCAGAAUACCUGAACCUUGUGUAUUUGGUAUGAUGUUGAACAUUUACGGAAAUGUUCACAUGGAUAUGUAAUUUUUCUUCGGGAAA